CCAAUAGACGAUCUUAGUGCUGCACACGAAAGGGAAAGGAAACGCCGACUUCUCCAUUCCAAAAUCCCCUCUGCCUCAUCUUUUAGCACCAACGGCUUGUUUGAUGAUUUGAAGCUUUGAGACGCUCUCUCCUUGGCUUCAGGGCUUCUUUCGGUCGCUUUUCGACUGCCUCGUUGCGCAGAGCCCGCUGUUGGCCUGGAGAAAUCCAUCACCGCUUGAGAUUUGAGGCGCCAGAUUUAUUGAGCCCGAGUGCACAAAGUUGAUAGUUAGCCACCUAGCUAACUGUUAGCUCGCAGCCCUUUUUUGGUUCCAGCUUCGGGGGCGUCGUUUUGCGCUACAUUUGGCUCCCGACAGCUAGCAGCUACACCUGAAUGCUCCUUUUGGUGAGGUUUAGAGCUGCUGUCGGUAGAGAAGGCACUCCAUAUUGGCUGCUCGCUGAUAAGUCAGCGUAAAAAGCCCGGAAGGAAGCCAAAGUGAAGGCCCGAGUCCAGCAACACCAAGAGCCGCCUCCGUCAGUGUUUGUACCGCCGCGCAGUGAGAGUUGACAGCUUACUUGGUGACACAGAGUCUUCUCCCUGAGGAGCCAAGAAGCAGACGGCUCAUGACUUCUGACCAGGACACGAAAGUUGUAGCUGAACCACAGGUGCAGCAAGUACAAGAGGCAAAAGAGAACUCUCAUUUGGAAUCAGCCAAGGUUUCAGACCUCAACCCCAAUGCGAAAGCAUGGGCCAACCACAUGUUUAGCCUGGACACCAGCGGGACUGCUGACACCACCACUGCUGCCCUGCAGCCAUGGAAGGAAGGCUGCGAUAGUUUGGCCGACCCCGGCCCAGAAGGCUUUGAAGCCAGUGAGGACAAAUCUUACAAGGAGCCUGAGCUAGCUGACCCAGAUGAGCCUCCACCAGAACCAGUAAUGCUGACGGAACCGGCCCCGGUUGCCACCGUCACACUGGAGGGCCCCGAGCCCGCCUACCCAGGGUACCCAGACCCUGGGCAGCCUGGGCACACAGGCAGUGAUUCUCCGCCUGACAACAGCCAGGAGGGCUUAAGAGAGAACCUGAAGAAGACUCUGGAGUUCUGCCUGUCCCGGGAGAACCUGGCCAAUGACAUGUACCUCAUCUCCCAGAUGGACAGCGACCAGUACGUGCCAAUCGUGACGGUGGCCAACCUGGACCACGUCAAGAAGCUCAGCACUGACGUGGAGCUGAUAGUAGACAUUUUACGAUCGUUGCCAUUGGUCCAGGUGGACGAGAAGGGGGAGAAGGUGCGACCCAAUCAGAGCCGCUGCAUCGUGAUCCUCCGAGAGGUUCCAGAGAGCACGCCCAUAGAGGAAGUGGAAGCCCUUUUCAAAGGGAACAACUUACCCAAGUUUAUCAACUGUGAAUUUGCCUACAACGACAACUGGUUCAUCACCUUUGAGUCAGAAGCAGAUGCACAGCAGGCAUAUCAGUAUCUUCGUGAAGAAGUGAAGACCUUCCAAGGGAAGCCAAUUAAGGCGAGGAUAAAAGCGAAGGCAAUCGCUAUCAACACUUUCAUGCCAAAGAACGGUUACCGGCCAGUGGAGGUGAAUCCCUACGCUCAGCAGCAGCAGCAGCAGCAGCAGCAGCGCUACACGUCCUACUACAUCCCGCCUGUUUACAGCCCGCAGCAGCAGUUUCCUCUCUACAGCCUCAUCACGCCGCAGGCCUGGUCCACCACGCACAGCUUCAUCGACCCAGCGCUGGUCACCCCCUUUCACAAUAACCAGUUCAUCAACGGAUUCACCACGUCACACAGCUUCAAACCAGCAACGUCGCCGCUCACCGUCAGACACUUCUCCCCCAGGAACAGGAAUCACAGCAAACCCCACCUGAGGCCGAACAUCCCCGCGGCGGACCGCAGCUCCGGCCUCCUGGACAGCCCCAGCCUGUUCCCCGGCUUCGCCAGCGAGAGGCUGAACGGCGUCCGCAGCAGCCCGCCGGCCCGCCUCCCCUCAGGCCAGCCCAGAACCAGGCUGCCCUCCACCGCCGCCUUCCCACGCCGCGACACCGCCGGCACCGGCCGCGUCACCGAGCCGCUAAUCACAGAUUAUUCCCUCGGAGUCGGCCGGGGAAGGAAAAAGAGGGAUGAAAAGUUUUCGAGAGCGACGCCCCAGUCGCCGCCGCCGCCUCCCAAGCCCCCGUCUCCCAGCUUUGAGCUCGGCCUGUCCAGCUUCCCGCCGCUGCCGGGCGCCGCUGGGCAGCUGAAGGCGGACGAGGCGUUCGACAGCCGGCUGGCGAGCAGCGUGGUGCUGGGACCCACAAGGGAACGGACUGUGAAUCCGGACCCCAGCAGCAGCACUGUUCCUCCAGCCGGGCCCAAAGAGCCUCUCCGGACCUCCGCCUCCCCUUUGCCUCCCAGCUUCCAGCCCUCCCCCUCGACCCCAACAGCCCCCCCGACCUCCACGUCGACCCCCAGCACGCCGCUGAGCCCCGCCCCCUCGGCCUCGCUGGAGGUGAAGGCGGCGGAGGCGAAGCCGAAAGAGGCGCCGCCAUCGGUGGAGCGCGUUCCCGGCACGCUGUCCACCGCCAGCAAAUCAGUGCAAGUCAACGGCGCCGCCACGGAGCUGAGGAAGCCGUCCUACGCAGAGAUCUGCCAGCGAGCGAAGGACGCCCCCACGCCGCCGCAUUCAGGCCCCCCAAAGGAAGCCAAGCCAAGUUGCGCUGCCCCUGCAGGCGAGGAGAGGAAGUGCAGCGACGCCUCCUCCACGCCGUCAGGGGAGCACAAACCCAGAGAGACUUACCACCCGCCCUCCAAAGCCGGGCCCGCCUCCACGUCCCGGCCCCUGAAGGAGGGUCGGAGGCCGGCGGGGCGCUGGGCCUCGCCGCCCCCCCACCCAGGGAAACCCUCCAGCAGAGACGCCCACCACACCCCGCCCAAAUCGCCGCAGUGAGGCGGGCCCUCCUCUUCCUCCACUACGCUCCACAGAAGUCUAAAAAACAAGUCAGGGCUAUUCCACUUCUCCCCCAGUAUCACCAGUCAGCAACAAGCAUCGAGGACGCCUUCUUCUCUGGAUCAGGGCUUGCAGACAUAAAGCACUUUACUGUGCAUGUAGAGCACCGUCUCUUCUUUUUCUUCUGCUUCUUCUUCUUUUUCUAGUUUAUUUAUUUGAUUUUUCAAAUAAUUUUCAUUUACUUUUCCUCGUUUCUCUGGAGCUGCCUGCUAUUACGGCGGCACGACCCAAACGGACUUUGUUGUGGGAUGUCAUCAUCGAUAAAUUUCCCAGCUUAUUUACACUAACUUUCUUUUUUUUUUUUUUUUUUUUUUUUGCCCGGCCUGCAACUGCGGCAAACUGGCUCUGAUUCAAACUUUUCUGCUGGAAAGAACUGGGAGAAAUCUGUUGAGAAUCCAUUAGUUUUGAUCCGAGUUGUCGGAAAACCACCUGGGAAAACUGUAACACAAGCUACCAUUCGGAAUUAAUUGGAAUAUUUGGAAGACGGUGCUAGAUUCCUGGGGUCAGUGUCUGCAAUUUUUCUCAGUUUACAUUUACAGAUCUUUAACUAACACAAGAGAAGCAGGAGGGAAUUUGGUCUUGAUAGUUUUCCGGACGGCUUCUUAAGGAUUAUUCUUCCCGUUGAGGCGGUUGUUGCUCGUGGAGCGCUGGUUAGCGGAUGGUGAAUCCAGAAAGUGAAAAGCUGGAAUGAACCUGGAAUAUUUUCAGGGAAGCGGAAGAGAUUUGUGUUUGCUUGCAUGUUGAAGAGGCAGAAGCAGGUCGGUUCAGUUUCGGGUCGGUUUCUCCUGGUUUAGAUUCGCUUAGAGAUGGGAAGACUCUUCCUUAGAUAUCAACUUAAGCACACACAGUUUGAUUUUUUUUUCCCUGGCCUCUUUUCUCCGGUUUUCCACAAAAAGGAGCUGGAAUUUAAGCACAGAGAGGGACUUUUUGUGAUUUUCAUUGGAUUUGUUUACUGUAGCAGCCACUCUGGCAAAAUCUUUAAAAAUUUCAAAUUUUCAUGAGAAAAUAAAUAUUUUUGUCUUUGCGGCCCCGUCCGGAAAUAAGAACCACGUCUUGAUCAAGUCUUCCUCCAAAACACAAAAUCCCACUAAAGGAAAACCGGAGCCCGUUUGGAAAAGGGAAAAUCUUUUUCAUGAGUUUUUAUGCUGCUUUUCAUUUGGAUACCUACUUUAUUUCUUCAGAUUUUGUUUUGAAGGACUGAGAUGCACUCGGAUGGAUUGAUUUCUUUUUUUCCUUAUUGGUGGAAAAUGAUAAAAGAAGUUUCCAUAUCCAGUUAUUUAUAAAGCAGAGCUGUUUUCUUUUUAAAUGAGAAGAUUUGGGGAAUGAAAAUCCAUGUUGAAGUCUCUGUACACAUAAAACGUAAAAAAAAAAAAAUCCAUCCAGUGUUUGAAAAACUUGAAUUUUAUUUAAACUUGAAAAAUAACUUUGCCUUAACUUUUCUACAAGACGAGCAUCGAGUUUUUAUUUCUUCUCAAGAGGAAAAAAAAAAAUCCCCCCCGGAUGUUAACGAGCUUAACGAAGCGACGCCGUGGAAAAAUAUUUAGUCUUACUUUAGACAGAAAAUCUGGCAGCGUUUACUUUUCUUUUCACUCUGUAAAAAAUUGUACGAAAGACAAAUGUUUUUGUUCUUAUUUUAGUUCCAGAUUGUUUCUGUUUGUUUGGUUUCUUUUUGGGGGGAAACGUUCUAAACCUUGUAAAAAUGCAACUAGUCCAAACUGUAUUAAAAUGUGCACUUUGAAGUAUGUGCUUUGCUUGUACAGUUGUAAAUACUCAGAAAACUAUAAGAGGUACCUUAAAAUGAUUAUAAAAAUAUAUUGAUCCUUGUUAACUAUAAUGUCGCUGGAUGUAGGAUAUAAAAAAACACACAAAAGAAACAAAAGUGUUGUGCUUUUGGAAAAUAAUUCUUUUUAAAAAAAUAAUUAGUUUGCAGAGUUUGAUUUCUGCUGAAAUGUUUUGUUUUUCGUUGGGGUUUUUGUCUGGCAUUCCAUCUUUGUUGUCACCUUCGCCCUCCUCUUCCUCCUCCCGAGCCGGCUUCUCUUUCACCACAUUCAGCUUCAGAUUUUUGCAUUUUUUAACAAAAUCUCCAACAAAAAAAGCACUACAUAUUUAUUUUUUUACACAUCAAGUGGAGCCACUAAUGCAGAAUCUGUCUAAUUCAAUAUAAUUAGAUUUAAUUUAGAAGAAAAAAGCAUUAUGGCAUCUGAACACUAAAACAACAAACUGCUUUUCUAUGUAUUGGUAAGUUUGCCAUCCUAAAAGAAUGAGUUUUAAGUGCAGAAAUGAUCUAAAAUAUACAAUUUGCUUGGAAAUGAGACAAAAAAAUGUGUUGGAAGCUUCAUAGAAAAGAUGGAUAAUCAUUUAAUUGUUUAAAACAUUAAUAAGAUGCAGUUUUUGCUGAUUGAUGAAUAAAUUAAGGCACUAGCAGAGUUGAUUCAUCUGGAUCUAAUGGAAGUCUUUUUUUUUUUCAUAUUUUCCCAUCCUGAAGCUUUCCUGGAAACCGUCGGGAAUGUUACGGGAAAAACAGAAAAUUUGAAUCUGGUGAAAGAGAAACCCAACUCUUGGCUUUUAAAGAGUGAUGCUUGAUCCCCAAAUCAAAUUUUUAUGUUUGUUUCAUUUUUUUAACACCAUCUGUUUGUACAGCAGGUGGUGCUUUAGAGUUGAUUCAGAAGUUCUUGGGUUCUGAUUUGCUGAAGGAUAAAAACUUUUGUGCGACACAGGAAAAUAUCCAACUUUUUGUGCGUUUUCUGGAGUUUUUCCCCCUUCUUUCUUGUUCUCCUGAUAAAUGUACAAAAAGAUUUAAUUUUCAGGCUUCAAGGCUCAACUGAAAUCACUGAUUAGUUUGUUUUUGUUUUUUUUCUUCACCGGUGCCAUCACACAGGCCUGCUGUUCAUUUCCUGACUGAGCUGAAAACGUCUCACGAUGAUUAUGUUGACGAGCCGAGGAGCGUCUGGUUGCAUGUUUCGGAGAACAAAACCAGAGGAAUCCGGACUGAUGAGGGAAAAAAAAAACACAACCUCUGGACCUGGAAGAAAAAAAAGCUUCAUAUCUAUCUUCUCAUCUCUGUUCUCAUGGUGCCAUUCUUCGGUUGGGUUUCUCUCUCGCUCUCUGGUUGCAUAUCUGACUUUAUCAAAGACGCGACAAAGAGAACGCAACGUCGGACUGCUUAAUCAGCUCACUGUGGUCUAACUCAUUAACUCUUCCUGAGCUAACAGCUGUGGACAAUCGGAGGCUUGGGACUGUUACCCCAGUGGGUCAAAGGUCGCAGCAAAGAGGGCUUCUUUCUUUUUGUUCUGUUUUUAUUUUCUGGGGUUUGUGUUUGUUUGUUUUUGUUUUUUUCUUCCAUUGAGACUGGAAUCAAGCGUACAUGUCGGCUCUAGAUAAUUUAAGUUACUCUUGUGUCAUGAUGUAAAACUGUCUAAUUUGGAGAAAAAAAUGUAGCUUACUGAAAAAUAAAGAUUUAGGCACUGUUGAAGAGCCAA